GGGAGAUGGCGAGGGGCGGCGACGCGGGCCGGACCCAGCCGGGGCGGCGGGGCGGGCGCCGCCCGAGGGGGUAGGGCGCGCGCGGGGGCGCGCCGGGCCGGGGAGGCGCGCUCCGGCCGCGCUCGCUCUGCUCGCUGCCUCGCUCUCUCGCUCGCUCGCUCCCUCCUCCCUCGCCUGCCGCGGCGGCAGCAGGAGAAGGCGGCGGCGGCGGCGGCGGUGGCUGGGGAUCAGACAUGGCGGCGGAUCUGAACCUGGAGUGGAUCUGCUCCCUGCCCCGGUCCUGGACUUACGGGAUCACCAGAGGCGGCCGAGUCUUCUUCAUCAACGAGGAGGCCAAGAGCACCACCUGGCUGCACCCGGUCACCGGCGAGGCCGUCGUCACCGGACACCGGCGGCAGAGCGCAGAUUUACCCACUGGCUGGGAAGAAGCGUACACUUUUGAAGGUGCCAGAUACUAUAUAAAUCACAAUGAACGGAAAGUGACCUGCAAGCAUCCAGUCACAGGACAGCCAUCGCAGGACAAUUGCAUUUUUGUAGUGAACGAACAGGCUGUUACAACCAUGACGGCUGAAGAAAAGAAGGAACGACCGAUAAGUAUGAUAAAUGAAGCUUCCAACUAUAGCAUGACUUCCGAUUAUGCAGUCCAUCCAAUGAGCCCUGUAGGCAGGACAUCACGGGCCUCAAAAAAAGUUCAUAAUUUUGGAAAGAGGUCAAAUUCAAUUAAAAGGAACCCUAACGCACCUGUGGUCAGACGCGGUUGGCUUUAUAAACAGGACAGUACUGGCAUGAAGCUGUGGAAGAAACGCUGGUUUGUGCUAUCUGAUCUUUGCCUCUUUUAUUAUAGAGAUGAGAAGGAGGAGGGCAUCCUGGGAAGCAUCCUGUUGCCCAGCUUUCAGAUAGCAUUGCUUACCUCCGAGGAUCACAUUAAUCGAAAAUAUGCUUUUAAGGCUGCCCACCCAAACAUGCGGACCUAUUAUUUCUGCACUGAUACAGGAAAGGAAAUGGAGUUGUGGAUGAAGGCCAUGUUAGAUGCUGCCCUGGUGCAGACAGAACCUGUGAAAAGAGUGGACAAGAUUACCUCUGAAACUGCACCAAGUAAAGAAAUCAAUAACAUUCCCAACCACAGAGUGCUGAUUAAACCAGAGGCCCAAAACAACCAAAGAAACAAGGAAAUAAGCAAGAUGGAAGAAAAAAAGGCACUAGAAGCUGAAAAAUACGGAUUUCAGAAGGAUGGUCAAGAUAGACCUCUAACAAAGAUUAAUAGUGUGAAAUUGAAUUCUCUGUCGUCUGAAUAUGAUGGCGGGUCAGCAGGCCCAGCUCCAGCUGCACACUACAGACCAGUCAAUGUGAACAGUUCAGAGAACAAAACAGUCAAUGUGAGUCUGGCAGAUCUGAGAAGUGGCACUCACCCAAAUGCAGGGACCCUGCACACAGAGGCUGACCGGGUCCUACAGAGGACAAAUUCAAUGCAACAGUUGGAGCAGUGGAUUAAAAUCCAGAAGGGAAGGGUUCUUGAGGAAGAACCCAGGGGAGUGAAUUCUUACCAGACGUUACCCAGAAACAUGCCUAGCCACAGAGCCCAGGUUGUGGCCCGCUAUCCUGAAGGUUACAGAACUCUCCCAAGGAACAGCAAGACCAGGCCCGACAGCACCUACAGUGUGGCCCCUGGUGCCCACGACAAGAGCCUGGCACCCGGAGCAGACGAGAAGCGCAGGUCCAUGAGAGAUGACACUAUGUGGCAGCUCUACGAGUGGCAACAGCGCCAGUUCUACAAUAAGCAGAACACCCUGCCUCGACACAGUACCCUGAGUAGCCCUAAAACCAUGGUGAAUAUUUCUGACCAGAAAAUGCACUCCAUUCCCACAUCCCCGUCCCAUGGGUCCAUGGCUGCUUAUCAGGGCUACUCCCCACAACGCACCUACAGAUCGGAAGUGACAUCACCCAUUCAGAGAGGAGAUGUGACGUUGGACCGCAGACACAGGGCUCACCUCCCUAAGCACGUCUAUGUGCCUGACAGAAGGUCGAUGCCAGCUGGCCUGACUUUGCAGUCCGUCAGUCCCCAGAGCCUGCAAGGCAAAACGCCAGAGGAGCUCACGCUGCUGCUCAUAAAGCUAAGACGGCAGCAGGCAGAACUGAGCAGUGUCCGGGAGCACACGCUAGCACAGCUCAUGCAGCUCAAGCUCGAGGCCCCCGGCCCCAAGAAUGAAAUUCUUUCACAUCAUCUUCAAAGGAACGCCAUGUAUUUGGAUCAUCAGCUGUCCCAAGAGGAAUGUAGAGGCACGUUAUACAAAUACAGACCGGAAGAAGUAGAUAUUGAUGCCAAGUUGAGCCGGUUAUGUGAACAAGAUAAAGUGGUCCAUGCUCUGGAAGAGAAACUGCAGCAGCUCCACAAGGAGAAAUACACGCUUGAGCAAGCUUUGCUAUCAGCCAGCCAAGAGAUCGAAAUGAGUGCAGAUAGCCCAACGGCUAUUCAGACGGUGGUGUUACAGAGAGACGAUUUACAAAACGGGCUGCUCAGCACGUGUCGGGAACUUUCUCGGGCCACUGCUGAGCUAGAGCGAGCAUGGAGAGAAUAUGAUAAGUUAGAAUAUGAUGUGACAGUUUCCAGGAACCAGAUGCAAGAACAGCUGGAUCGCCUUGGUGAAGUACAGACUGAAUCAGCAGGAAUUCAGCGUGCACAGAUCCAGAAAGAACUUUGGAGAAUUCAAGAUGUCAUGGAGGGGUUGAGUAAACACAAACAGCAAAGAGGCACCACAGAAACAGGUAUGGCAGGAUCAAAACCUUUCUCAACAGCUAAAUACAAAAACGAGGAAGAGGAAGUAGUCCCACCUCGUCCUCCACUUCCUCGGUCCUAUGACAUUACAGAGCAGCCUCCCAUAAUCCCCCCUCUGCCCAGUGACAGCAGCUCCUUGCUCUGUUAUAGCAGGGGCCCAGUGCAUCUGCCUGAAGACAGGAAGAGUCAUCAAGGUCAAGGAUAUCCAAGAAAUGGAUCUCACUGUGGUCCAGACUAUAGACUCUACAAGAGUGAGCCAGAGCUAACCACAGUGGCUGAAGUUGAUGAGUCUAAUGCAGAGGAGAAGUCAGAGCCCGUGCCGGAGACGGAGAUUCCAGCUGGGAAAGGUUCACACUUUCCUGUCGGGGUAGUCCCUCCAAGGACAAAAUCACCAACGCCCGAGUCUUCCACAAUAGCUUCCUACGUAACCCUGAGGAAAACGAAGAAAAUCAUGGAUCUGAGAACGGAAAGACCGAGAAGUGCAGUGGAGCAGCUCUGUUUAGCUGAAAGUGCUCGACCCCGGAUGACGGUGGAAGAGCAGAUGGAAAGAAUAAGGAGACAUCAGCAAGCCUGCCUGCGGGAGAGGAAGAAGGGAUUCGGUGUCCUGGGUGCUUCGGAUCAGUCACCCUUACCAAGCCCUUCGAGCUUAAGGGACGAUCCCUUCAGGGUUAUGCAGACUCGAAGGAGAGACGAUAACAUGAAGGACCUGGACACGGUCAGUGGGGACAGUGAUGAGAAGCCAAACCACGAAAGUCCCGUGACGGAAAUUGUUCAGCUCAAAGAAGCUGCACCCCAAGACACAGGUCUCAGCAAAGAGCUUAAAAACACUGAACCUGUUCUCUACGAGCUGCUUUUCAAACCUGAGCCAAAUGGCGUAGAUGCUGAGGAAGUGACGGAUAAAGAAAGAGACGAAAAGGAAACGGCUGAUGAUGUUACCUCCAGCUCUCAAGAGGAGACACCAGUAACAAAUCAUAAAGCAGAAGGCCAUCCUGAAGGAAGUGCCAAGAUGGGUCUUCACGAAGCGGAGGACGCCGUGCCUCCCCGUGAGCCAGCUCCUGAGGUUCCGAGAGGAAGUCCGGCCCUAGCAGCCAAAAGUCCCUCCCUGUCUCCCGAGUCCUCGGCGUCUCCCGUGCCCUCUGCUCAGCCUCAGCUCCCGGAAGGAUCGCAUUUCAUGUGUGUGUAGUCUCCCAACUACACCGGACUCCUGCUGAAGCCAUGAGGCCAUGACGAGCUGCCAACAUGGACCUUCAGCAACGUAAGAAGAUGCUGUACAGAAUAUUUUAAAUCUAUGAAAUUCAUAGUUCUGAUGCUUUUGGCCACAGAGCAUCAUUUUAUCACUUCUGGAAAAUGUUUAUUCCAAACAGCUUUAACGGCCCAUAUGUACACUCCGUAAUCGGUCUCCAGGUUAUUACGGAGACACCAGCUUGCUGCUACGUCUCCCGGCACAUCCGUGAAGGUGCUUCUCCGUGUGCGGUCCACAGCCCAAGCUCAGUCAGUCAGUCACUUCCAGGUUUUUGAUGUUCCUUCGGUCUAGGUGAAAUCACACUUCCUCUGGCUUUUCAGCACACAUAGUUACGUAAUUAUUUCCAACGAAACUUCUUUUCCUUUCUUUUCUUUUUUGUUAAUUCCUUCUCAUUUCAGCUAGUGCAGUGCUUUGUUCCACACCUGAUUUGUACAAAUUUUAUAUAUAUAUAUUUAAAAUGUGCCAUUUUAUUACAGCUAAGUGCAAACGUCCAGGUCUCUGCUAUAAUUCUUCCUCAGUCAAAUUGCAAUGUCCAGUUACUGCCACACUCUCGUCAGCUUACAAACACAUUCUCACUUACCUUUUCUUAAGAACAAAAAAGUAUAGGUAAUUUGAAGUACUGGGUAUAUACUUCAUUGACAUAGAUGUGUACAGCAAUAAGCAGGUUUUCAAAUCCAGUACUUAGUUCAUGUACAAAUGUAAUUAUGUUCAUUGUGUAUAUAUUAUACAAUGAGCACAUGUAAUGUAUUAAAGGCUACUUACUAUUGUUUAAAUGCAAAUGUUCAUAACUCAUUUCUUUUUUAUCAUGUUAAAUAAAUGUUGAUGUUCUUAAAUCAGUUGUGUUAGAGCUUC